AUGGCGAGACACGUGGCCGACAAAGCAGCCCACCUCGCAAAGGAUUUGUUGUUUCCCUCUGCGGAGGAGGAGAAGAGAAGACACAAGAAGAAACGACUCGUCCAGAGCCCAAAUUCCUAUUUUAUGGACGUCAAAUGUCCAGGUUGCUACAAGAUCACAACCGUGUUCAGUCACGCUCAGACAGUGGUGUUGUGUGUCGGCUGCUCCACGGUCCUCUGCCAGCCUACGGGAGGUAAAGCUCGUCUUACAGAAGGUUGUUCGUUCAGGAGGAAACAACACUAACCUGGAUCAAAACGACUGUUGAGAACGACCCAAAGUUUUGGAUGAAGUGCCGCUGCUGUGGUGUCGAGGAGGCCAACGCGGGAAAACAAGAUCACAUGACACCAAUUCCCCCGGGGAGGUAUGGCCUGUUUCUGCCACAUCCCCCCCCCAGACGCCACUUAAUCACUAAGUCUUUAAAUUAAGCCCAGUAGGUUUAAUCGUUGUCAUCGCCCAAGUGCUUUGUGUGCCCUCGCUAAAUUGAGAGUUCAAAUUAGCAGAACAAUUAACAAAGCCAGAUUGAAGGCUUGAGAGAGCGAGAGAGUUCCCCAUAUCAUCCGCUGAAUAAUAAUUCCAAGCUUUUUCCAGAAAGGGAGACACAUGGUGGCCCCACCUGGAGAUUCCAAUUCCUCGCUCCAAUCAUGUUCUUUGAACGAGUAAAGACAAUUAAAUGCAACACUUAGAUGACGUAAACAUUUGAUUUCAAGUAGAUGUUUGCAGUCAGGCUUUUGUUGACUGAUAUGAUGGUUCCUUUUUUUCUGGUUGAUUCAGAGAAACCCCUGUCUUGGUUUUGAUUUGGGCUUGCUUACAACACUUGACUUAACUAUUAGAUACUUGUGAUAUCUGUGUAAAGUUUUGAGAAACUUAAAAUCUGCUGAAAUUAAAUUUGCUGCAAUGUGUAUUUAAAAGAAGAAAACUUCUAUUGGCUACACUGUUUGCCAUUUUAACCAUGUGACUGAAGCCUUAUACCAAAUUAUUCACUUAUGCAGUUUUUAAUGUUACUUUAAUUUAUUAUUACUGUCCUGUUCAGUGACCAAAUAAUAAUAAUAAAGAACUGGCUGAUGUUGAAUCUAA